AUGACAGUAGCUGAGUAUGAAAGGGAGUUUAUUAGAUUGAGCAGAUAUUCCAGGGAGAUUAUUCCUACAGAGGAGACAAAAUGUAAAAGAUUUGAGCAAGGGUUAAACACUGAGAUCAAGAUGCUUCUAGUUGCUCUUCAAAUCAGAGAUUUUUCAGCACUGGUGAAUGCAACUUUAAAUGUAGAGAAAGUGAGGGAAGAAGAUCAGAGUAGAAGACAGAGGAGUCAGCAAAAAAGGACUUACAGUCAGACUCAGAGUCAAGGACAGAUGAUAGCUUCACAGGGCUCUAGUAAGAGACAAAAAAGUUUUCAACCUGCUAGAUCAAGCCAGUCUCAAAGGCAAGGCCAAAAAUCAGCUCAGAGUUUAGCAAGUGGGUCUGUUCAACAGACUACUUCUGUGGCCAAUUCUGGAGGCUCAGGAAGAAGUCUUCCACCAGAGUGCGACCACUGCAGAAGGAGACAUACUGGUACUUGCAGAUUGCUGACAGGAGCUUGUUUCAUAUGUGGCUCUAUGGAUCACGUUAUGAGGGAUUGUCCUAAGAAGCAGACAGCCUCAGCACCAGCAACAGAAAGAACUGCACCAGUAACUCAAAAGACCAGAAGCAAAGGUACAAGUGAGUCGACAGGUACCUCUAGUCAAAGAGUGUCAGAGAUUAUGGAUAGACCAGAAUCUAGAGCACCUGCCAGAGCCUAUGCCAUUAAAGCCAGAGAGGAUCAGGAUUCCCUAGAUAUUAUCAUGGGAAUGGAUUGGUUGUUUAGACACCAGGUUAUAGUUGAUUGUAGAAAGAAGAGAAUCACGCUAAAGACACUGGAUGGUGAAGAAGUAGUAGUUGUGGGCGAGAGAUCAUAUUUUCUCUCCAAUAUUAUUUCUGCUACUGCAGCCAGAAGAAUGAUAAGAAAGGGUUAUGAGGCAUACUUAGCCUGUGUUUUGGAAGGUAAGAAGGAGAAACCUAUUGUGCAAGAUAUACCUACUGUUUGCGACUUCUCUGACGUCUUUCCAGACGAAUUACCAGGAUUACCUCCAGAAAGAGAAGUAGAAUUUGCCAUAGAAGUUGUACCAGGUGCACCAGUGCUAUUUGUUAAGAAGAAGGAUGGUUCGCUGAGAUUGUGUGUGGAUUACAGACAACUCAACAAGGUGACCAUCAAAAAUAAAUAUCCACUUUCCCGUAUAGAUGAUUUGUUUGACCAGCUAAAGCGAGCGGGUGUCUUUUCUAAAAUUGACCUAAGAUCAGGUUAUUAUCAUCUCAGAGUAAAGGAUGCAUAUAUUCCAAAGACUGCGUUCAGGACCCGAUAUGGGCAUUAUGAAUUCCUUGUCAUGCCAUUCGGAUUGACCAAUGCUCCAGCUGCAUUUAUGGACUUGAUGAAUCGUAUCUUUCACCCUUUCUUGGACCAGUUUGUUGUUGUGUUCAUAAAUGACAUUCUAGUCUAUUCAAAAAUAAAAGAAGAGCAUGAUAGGCACUUAAGGAUUGUGUUGCAAACGCUGAGGGAGAAACAACUUUAUGUUAAAUUCAGCAAAUGUAAAUUUUGGCUGAAUGAAAUAUCUUUUCUGGGACAUGUAGUAUCUGCAGAAGGCAUAAGGGUCGAUCCCAAAAAGAUAGAGACUAUCCUUGCAUGGAAGCCACCCAAGAACAUUACAGAAGUCAGAAGCUUUUUGGGGUUAGCUGGUUAUUACAGAAGGUUUGUAAAAGGAUUCUCCCAAAUAGCUGCUCCACUGAUAAGGUUGUUGCAGAAAAUUGUCAAGUUCGAAUGGAAUGACAAGUGUCAGGCUAGUUUUGAUCGAUUAAAGGCUAUGCUCACAGAGGCACCUGUCCUUACACAACCAGUGUCAGGUAAGGACUUUGUGAUUUAUAGUGAUGCCUUUCACAAUGGACUUGGUUGCGUGUUGAUGCAAGAUGGAAAAGUUGUUGCUUAUGCUUCCAGGCAAUUAAAGCCACAUGAAAGAAACUAUCCCACCCAUGAUUUAAAAUUAGCAGCCAUAGUCUUUGCAUUAAAGAUCUGGAGGCAUUACUUAUAUGGUGAAAAGUGUUAUAUUUAUACGGAUCAUAAAAGCCUAAAGUACUUGCCAACUCAAAAAGCGUUAAAUUUGAGACAAAAGAGAUGGAUGGAGCUGUUAAAAGACUACGAUUCUAUUAUUGGCUACCACCCUGGCAAAGAAAAUAUGGUGGCAGAUGCUCUUAGUAGAAAUCAUUUGCUUGCACUCAAAGCUAUGAAUGCUCACUUGACAUUGGCUGGAGAUGGAGCUGUUAUUGCAGAAUUGAAAGUUAGGUCCAGUUUGCUUCAACAAGUCCAGGAAGCUCAGAAGGAAGAUAAGGAUAUUACAGUGAAGGUAAAAGCAGAGCACCAAGUUCCUACUGGGUUGCUACAACCAAUCUCUAUACUAGAAUGGAAAUGA